AUGUCCAGCAAGCGCCACUCGAUUCUCCCCGCCAUCGACCGCAGCGGCCCGAAACCGCCCGUCAAUUUCUCCUCGUCGCUCACCAUCUCCGACAAUGCCAUCCUACAGGGCACGCACUCGAUCACGAUGCAGUCGGAGACGGUGGUGCAUCCGCGAUCCAGGUUCGAUUCCAACAUGGGGAGCAUUCUCAUCGGCCGCCGUUGCAUCGUACACGAACGCGCGUACAUCGGGGCACGCCCGGAGGACCUUGACAGGGCAAAGCCGGGGGGCGUGGCGCUGGGCGACUACGUAAUUGUAGAAGUUGGCACGGUCGUCGAGUCUGGCAACACAGAAAUUGGCGAGGGCACGACAGUGCAAGUAGGGAGCCGCAUCGGCAGCGGUGCCAAAGUGGGCAAGCAUUGCACAAUAUCGAGCUUGUCAGUGAUACCCCCGGGUGAGAUUAUACCCGAUUUUACGACAGUGUACUCGAACGGACUGCGGCGAACAGAUAAGCGUGGCGUUGGCGAGUUGCGAAAGCUCGGCAUUGUGAAGCAAAUAGCCGUUUUGCGCAAGAUGAUACCCAGUAACCCGGACAAGUUCAAGUGA